ACCUGUGUAGGGGAAGCGGAAAUAUUCACAAUAAAGAAAGGGGCUCUCUGCCCCGCCAGCCUUGUAUGGCCUGGGAGUAGCGGGGAGCAGAAGGCAGGGACUACUAUGUGGGCCUGACCUUUGGGCUUGAAUCACACUUUGGUGGCUAAACCCCUUGUUUAAAAUUGGUUACAAACAGAAAUUAGAAGAAGAUGACAUGUAUUCGCUGCUUCCAGAAGAUCCCUCCCAGCAUGUUGGAGAAAAGCUGCAAGAGUGAGCACAGGCAGCAGGGAGAAGGGGAGAAAGAGUACUGGGAUCAGGAAGUGAAGAAAGCUGAGAAAGAUGCACAGGAGCCAUCUUUAAUGAAAGCAAUCAUAAAGUGUUACUGGAAAUCCUAUGUAGUUUGGGGAAUUUUUAUAUUUCUUGAGGAAGGCACCAGAGUAAUUCAGCCCAUAUUCUUCAGGAAAAUGAUUAGUUAUGUUCAAAACAAGGAUCCCACCAAUUCUGCCGCUUUGCACGAAGCCUACGCCUACGCGGCGGGGCUGAGCGCCUGCGUGCUGGUGUGGGCCGUUCUGCACCACUUGUGCUUCUACCACAUGCAGCGUGUGGGGAUGAAGCUAAGAGUAGCCGUGUGCCGUAUGAUCUACCGCAAGGAAUCCUAUUGUUUGUCAUGGGGAAGACCACCACAGGCCAGAUAGUCAACCUGCUGUCCAACGAUGUGAACAGGUUUGAUCAGGUGACCAUAUUCUUCCAUUACUUGUGGGUGGGGCCACUGCAGGCUAUCGCAGUGACUGCCCUGCUCUGGAUGGAAACAGGCAUAUCGUGUCUUGCAGGGAUGUCAGUUCUCAUUUUUUUUCUGCUUUUGCAAAGCUGCUUCGGGAUGUUGUUUUCAUCACUCUGGUGAAAUUGCACACAGAGGAUUAUAGGGGGUGUGAAAUCAUGCAAAGUCAGCAGUCUUUGAUCCUUAUUGAGACCAAGCUCUCUUUUCUGUAAAUUUAUUGU